AUGGCGGCCCACGUCCCUGUGGCUCCAGGCUUCCCGCAGAUGGUGCCGAGUGGAUCUCGGUACCAGAGCGGCCCAGAGGAGGUUUUGCUGCGGAACGUGGAGGCCUGCACCGAGCUGGCUCGCUCAUUGAGAGCCACCUUCGGGCCAGCCGGCCUGCGCAAGCUUGUGGUGGGUGACAGCCCUCGGGGCCUGUUGAGCGGCAGCGUGGCCACAGUGCUUCGUGAGCUGCGCGUCGAGCAGCCGGCUGCCAGGCUGCUGGCGGAGGCGGUGCAAGCUCAGGCUGAGGCAGUGGGCGACGGACGGGCCACUGUCCUGCUACUGGGAGGCUCACUGCUUGAACAGGCCGGGGCUGCGCUGCAGAGUGGCCUGCCCGUGGCCGAGCUGAGCGGCGGCCUGCGCCAGGCGGCUGACCGGGCAUUGCAGCUCCUGGACGGCCUGUGCUGUGGUGAGCUGGAGGCUGAGGCGGACACCGGGCGGGUGGAGAGGGUGCUGCGGGUUGCCGUGGGAGCCAAGCUGGGUAGCGAGGUGGGCCCAGUGUCACAGCUGUUGGCCGAAGCCUGCGUGGCAGUACAGCAGGUCUUGGACCACGGCUGGGAACUGGACCCCGAAAGGGUACGGGUGUGCCGGGUCCCCGGCGGCGGCCUGUCUGACUCGCGGCUGGUCCGCGGCCUGGUGAUGUGCCUGGGCUCCGGGGACAAGGCUGAAGCGGAGGCCGGGGGUCUGGUCCACGCCCUGGGGCAAGUGCGCGUCGCUGUCUACGACUGCGCCUUUGAACCGGCGCGGCCGCAGCUGGCCGCCACGGCGCUCGCACGCGGCCCCAACGAGCUGCACGUGCUCAGCAGCUCCGAGCAGCGCGCCACGGAGGCGUUGGUGGUACAACUGGAGAAGGCCGGCGUGCAGCUGGUGGUGGUGGGCAGCCGCUUGAACUCGGUCGCCCAGCAUUGCGCUGAGCGCCGAGGCCUGCUGUCGCUGCGGCUGCGCUCCCGCCGGCUGCUGGCCACUGUGGCCCGGGCUGUGCACGCCAGGCCACUGCUCUACCCAAGGGCCCCACAGGCUGAUGAGCUGGGUCACCUGCAGCGUGUGGGCUUCAGCGAGGAGGGUGGGUGGCUCCUGGUCACGCUGGAGCCUGAGGAGGAGGAGGGGGGCACAGUGCAUCGUACCAUCCUGUUGCGGGGCUCCACGCCAGGCCUGCUGGACACCGCUGAGCAGGCUGUCCAUGAUGGACUUUGCACCUACCAGCUUCUGGGGCGCGAUGGGCGCCUGGUGCCCGGGGCUGGUGCCACUGAGCUGGCACUGGCAGUGCGGCUUGCGGCCGAGGCCGAGGCCUGCGCUGGCCUGGAGCGAUAUGCCUUCAGCGCCCUCGCGCACGCCCUCGAAUCGGUGGCGGGUGCCUUGGUGUGGAACGCAGGUGGAAAGGAGCCGCAGGCCGUGGCCCGGCUACGGGUGCUGCACCAGUGUGGCAGAGCCAGCCUGGGCUUUGACCUGGAAGCGGGCGGUGAGGAGGCACUGGACGUGGUGCAGGCCGGCAUCUGCGAGUCGCUGCUGCUGAAACGUUCGGCACUACGGCUGGCCACCCAGGCUGCACUCGCCAUACUCGGCGUUGACCAGGUCUUUCUGGCCAAGAAGUCAGGCGGGCCCAAACCCCGGCCUGAGAACCCCAAUUGGGAUCUGCCGCCCGAUCACAUCGACUGA